AGCCAAGGAGUCUAUUUUCAUAUGCAGAAAAUAUCAACAGACAUGGGCAAGAGUACAAGAACCGGCACUGGCCUUCAUCCACACUGUGAGAAAUGUCAUAACCAACAGUGCAAGCUUCCCAUAGACAUCUCCACCUCAUGUGUCUUCAUUACCUGCCAUCUGCACUGUGGAGCCGCCUUCCACCUUUGCAAAGAAGAUGAGCAUCGUCUCAUCUGCCCAAAGGAAAUCGUACCCUGCCUCAACUCUGGUUAUGGCUGUCCGAUGACCAUGACACGACAAAGACUGGCCAAGCACCUGGAAACAUGUCCUGCUAGCGUAGUCACUUGUACCUUGGAAUGGAAUCGAUGGCCUGUUAGUGAAACAGAUACAACCUUCUACAAGAACGCAGUGGAGAAUCCAAACUAUGUCAAUGAGAUGGACCUCGCCAUGGCUCUUAAAGAUCAGAAGCUCUUGUUUAGCUCGAUAAAGAUGAAGACGCUGUUCCCCGAGUUGAUUGAGAAGAUAGAGGAACCUGAAGUUCAGCUAGAUGGUGCUGUAGGAGGUGUUGACCCAGAAAAGUGGGAUACAAAUAUCUUAAACCCAGAAGAGAUGUUGGAGGAUGGGGAAGAGGUGCAGGAACUAACCGAAGAAGAGAGACUGGCCCUUGCCAAGAGCAAAGACGUGGCCUGUUUGGAAAACUAUAGUAUGUGGGAGAAAAUGUUUGCGAAGGAGGAAGAAGGAUGCCAGCAGACUGUCAAGAAAUUAGAGGGAAAAGGUAGUGCUGUGAAGGAAAAUGAAGGACAAAAAGUGACCCCUCAGGUUUCCAAUGAUGCCGAAGUUUCCAGAAAAGGGUUAGCCCCUUGGCAGGAUGGAGUUCUUGAGAGACUCCGUAAAGAGGUCAACGUAGCCGAAUAUAAUAUGUACCUGGUGCACAAUGGGUGCAUGCUUAUCAACUUUGGCCAGCUGGCUGCUUGCACACCUAAAGAAAAAGAUUUUGUUUACGGUAAUUUAGAGCCCAUUGAAGUUCAAACCGUACAUUCUUUUAAUGUGCCGACCAGCUACAGAGCCAAGCGUAGCCACCUCAAGGAUCCAUCACACAUGGUCAAGAAGACGGACCAGAACGUGGACACGUCCGAUUUAGGCAUUGAAGAACUCCCGAAGGCAAAUGAGGUAGAGGCAACGCUUCUGUGCUGCCUGGAAAGAGAAUUGAAAGGUCAUCAGAUAUGUGAAACGGUUGGAACCGAUGGGCUGUAUGUUGACCUUGCAACCCAGACAUAUGGUUUCCACUCCGCUCCAUUCAAAAGCGAAGCAUCUUUGGCUGAUGUUGUCGAGGGUCGACCUCAAAACCUACACUUGCAGAUGCAGACCGAAUGCGUGACGAGGAGACAUAACAAAUCUUGCUCGGCCUUCACUUUCUUGUGCUGUCACGCUUUCAGACGUGAUGAAUACCCUUGGCACUUCAGGAACGUGCACGGGGAUAUCCAGUCCUGUCUCAAUGGCUGGUUUACGCAACGAUGUCCGCUGGCUUACCUGGGCUGCACUUUCGUCCAGAGGCAUUUUCGACCAUCUAAGUACAGAGCAAUUGUGAAAUAUGAUCCAGAUCUCAGCACAUUCACAGUUCAACCAGAAGUAGCAGCAACACUGUACAAGGGUGUAAGAAGUGCCAGCAGCGAACGGAAGCGAGCGAAGAAUCUGGACUCACUGAGCAGACUUCCUUGUGAGAUCUUACAUCACAUUGUGAUUUUUUUGGACAGCGUGUCAUUGGGUUAUCUAGCUCAGGUGUCCCAGCUAAUGAGGGAGGUCUGUAGCACUGUUCUACAGCAGAAGGGCAUGGUGUCCCUCAAGUGGGAGAAAAAGACAUAUUCACAUGGUGGCUUCACAUGGAGGGCUCGAAAAAAGACAUGGGAGUUCAGCACUCUGUUCUCACCAGUAGAUGAAUGGGUGUUUGAAGACGUGACCCCCAUGUCAGAGCACCUCAAGAUCUGUCCAUUUUACCAGAAGGAGAUCAGGAGUGAACCUGUGGCUUUACCCAGCAUAACAGACCUCCAGGGGGAAAGAGAGGCUUUUCAGACUCUGGUCAAGAGUUUUUCACCACUGACAAGUGACAAGUAGAUUAAAAGACUUCAGUACACAAGGUCUUGUGCAUGUCGACACACAGUGUGUAUAUAAAGUGUGGAUUAACAUGUGAAAUGUUUCACAUACACUACCGGUCAAAAGUUUGGGAUCACUCACUCAUUCUUUGUUUAUAUUUUUCCACAUUUUAAAAUAAUGGUAAACUCAUCAAAACCAUGCCAUCAUACAGUUGUAACUGUGGGAAUUAUGUUGUUACUAAAAGCAUUCAAAAUAAAUGAACUAUGUUC